AAGAAAAAAAUUUAUAUGGGGAAAAAAAAAGUAAAGCACAGAAACUCUGACAGAUGAUUCAUAUUCAAGCUGCAAAUCACAUCCCUGUAUAGGACAGCAGACACAUGGGCAAACUAGGUUAACAGAGGAGGCAGAAGCCCCCAGCCUGGGAAAAAAGAAGGUAUGGAAAUGUAUUUCUGCCCUGCUCACUUACCUUUCUUUUCGGCACUGAACACGAUGAAAAUUUCUGUGAAAUGAAAAUGGGUGAAAAAUGGAAAUGGUUUAAUGACUCUCAUAAAAAAAAUCGACCAAGAAAUAAGACUGGUUCAACAGAUUUGUUUCAGAAACAUUCCUUCCACGCUAACUAAGCAAUGUUGGUAUAAUUCUUAUUAAAACGUCAGUAUUCAACGCAAGGUGUCAGGUGCAAAGCAUCCACGGAGUCCAAAGGUGUUUUCCAGCUCCGGCCACCCGGGGCGGCGGGGGGGUGCCCCGUCCAUUGCAGCAUCGUUAGCGGGCCUGGUUAGAGGCGCGCUGCCUUCUUUUCUCUUCCCUCGGCACCAGGCUCAACUCAGGCCGGCCAGCGCCAGCGGAGAACCGGCAGCGGCCCGAAUUAAAGCUCACCGCGAACAGGUCACUGGGAUCAGCGCUCCGAGACGCGUCCGCGGAGCCCGUCGGGAGUUGUAGUCUCUGCACCCUCGCGAAGGCAGGACGCGGCGGGCGCCGGAGCGCCGAGAGGGGCGGGGCCGCGGCUGGGGUUGGCGCAGGCGCACAGCUCCGGCUAGGCAGUAUGGCGGAUCUAGCGCCUCAACCAAGCAAGAGAAAGCGCGAACUGGAUGCCGAAGAGGCGGAAGCCGCCAGCACAGAAAAAAAGGAAGGGGGCGUUGGAAAUGGUACCUCCGCCCCUGUGCGCUUACCGUUCUCCGGCUUUAGAGUGAAAAAAGUGCUGAGGGAGUCUGCGAGGGACAAAAUCAUUUUUCUCCAUGGGAAGGUGAAUGAGACCUCUGGGGACGGAGAUGGAGAGGAUGCUGUUGUAAUCCUAGAGAAGACACCGUUUAAGGUAGAGCAGGUGGCCCAGCUCCUGACGGGCAGCCCUGAGCUCCAGUUGCAGUUCUCCAAUGAUAUUUACAGCACCUAUCACCUGUUUCCUCCACGGCAGCUGAGUGACGUGAAGACAACCGUGGUUUACCCUGCCACUGAGAAGCACCUGCAAAAGUACCUGCGCCAGGACCUCCACCUGGUGCGAGAGACGGGAAGCGAUUACAAGAACAUCACCUUACCCCACCUGGAGUCCCAGAGCCUCAGCAUCCAGUGGGUAUACAACAUUCUCGAUAAGAAGGCAGAAGCUGACCGGAUAGUUUUUGAGAACCCAGACCCCUCUGAUGGCUUUGUUCUCAUCCCUGACCUCAAGUGGAACCAACAGCAGCUCGAUGACCUGUACCUGAUUGCCAUCUGCCAUCGCCGGGGCAUCCGAUCGCUUCGGGACCUCGCUCCAGAGCACCUGCCGCUGCUCAGGAACAUCCUCCGGGAGGGCCAGGAAGCCAUCCUGCAGCGCUACCAGGUGAGGGGAGACCGUCUCCGCGUGUACCUGCAUUACCUGCCUUCCUACUACCACCUGCACGUGCACUUCACGGCCCUGGGCUUCGAGGCCCCCGGCUCCGGGGUGGAGCGGGCUCAUCUGUUAGCAGAUGUGAUCGAGAACCUGGAGUGUGACCCGGAGCAUUACCAGCAGCGCACCCUCACCUUCGCCCUCAGGGCCGAUGACCCUCUGCUCAAGCUCUUGCAGGAGGCCCAGAGGAGCUGAGUCCCACCCAGGGGCUGUCCGGCGAAGAACACAGAUGUGUGGGAUCCGGGUGGGCUGGGGAGGGACUUCGGGAUUUUUAGUACCAAGUGAAUUUUUUUUUUAAAUGUAUUUUGUACUGGCUUAUUCCUAGUAUGUGAGUAAAGUAUUGGUCUCCUUUGGUGUGGACUGAUGACUGGGGGGGCAGGUGGUGCCGGCAGAACAGGGUAGGAAGAUCCUGGUACAGGAGCCAGGUCUGGGGUGGUGGCUUCCGCUGACCUGGAUGUGUGCCAAGGGCUUUCUCCAAAUCCCAGUGAACACCAUCCUUGGUGAUUCCCAUGUCCCGAAUCCGACGGUGCCUUCCCCCGUCUUCGGUCCUUCCUGCUCUGCUCCCACCUCCCCCUUCCUUCCUCCCAUUUGCUGUAUCUUCCUCCUGGUUUUCAAGGCCCAUGUGUCUGGGAGUUCCCCAAAAAAACCAAAUACAAAAACUUUAUGGAAAUAACCUAUAGAGU